GGGGCAUUCGCGUACCAACACCGUGAAGUUUGGACGUACCAUCAACACACUUAUCUGCACGCGCAGCACCCAACGACAGCACCGGCUGCAACCAAAGUUGCUAUUGCUCUUACGAGUGCAAAGGUAGCCGAUAAUGCGCCGAGUGUACAUGACAUGAGCGACCUGUACAAAGAGCAGCUGUACCCUCGCUACUGCUUCCAUCUCGCGCCAACGUCCCAAGUCUGGUGCUGGUUUAGGGUCUGUGAGCUCCGCGCUCUGCGACGAUACCCCGAGUUUGAAGCUGAAGGAUUCUACUUUUACAAAACACUGCCGAUUCGCUGGGUCCGCAUCACGGGCAUAGUCUCUGCAAUAGACACCUUCGAAGGCCACAGAGCGUACACCAUAGACGACAGCAGCAAUGCAUCCAUAGAAGCGCUUCUUAAGAUUGACGGCUCAGGCAAGCCUAUAGCUACCAAGCAAUAUGCAGACCAGACAUGGACGGCUUCCGUAGCCGAUGGUGUCACCGUAGGUUCCAUUGUGGAUGUGAAAGGGUGGUUGCAUACGUUUCACGACUUGCAGAUCAAUAUUAAGAAGAUGGAGUUAGUACAUUCUACGACUGACGAGCUCAAACUUUGGAGGCAGAGAGAAGAGCAGCAGCAGAAGCUUCUCGAUAAGCCAUGGGUUUUACAGAAGCGAGACAUUCGUCGCUGCCAAGCAGCGGCAGAAAAGUCAGAAGCGGAAGCUGCUCGUGAAGCACAGAGAAUUCAGAAGGCUGUCGAGGCUGCCAAUAAACCCAUCAAGGGCCGCAAGAAGGAGACCAAGAAUGAGGAGCCAAGCGAGGAAGAUUUGGAACAAAGAGAGCGAGCAGAGCAACGCCGGGCUGCUAUUGCGCGUGGCAUAGCCGAGGGCAAAUUCAAGGCGUUGGGACUAUGAUUCUUUCAUAUUGUUAAUACGGGCCACAUACAGAAUGUAAAUGAUAGCUUUGAUUCAUAAUAACUUUCGUUAGACGAUGUUCUAUUUACUUUCUUCACCGUCGUCAUGAUGCACCUCGUCAGAUUCCCCUUCACCAUUCGGGCCUGGUAUCCAUAACAAUAGGCCGUCCUUAUCAAUCUUCAUUCCGUCUGUGGGUAUGAUACGCAGCAACUUCUGGAAGUAUUUGUCGCGUACAUGCAGGCCCGGUCGAAUAUAGGUCCCACGCACCAGAGGCAGCAACCGGUAUGUAACCGUUCGUCGUGACAACGGAACGAGGUGAAUGGUGGUCUGCUUUGCACCUGAGAAGCCAAAUUCGUCGCUUGGCUCCAUGCUAAGACCGAAUGUAAGCAUAUGAUUGGAAGGAUUUUCCACUGUGAUAUCAAGCUGCACAGGAGCAAGCUUGCCAAGCGGUGGGUGCGUUACGGUAGCCAAAACUCUAGGCUCGAUUCCAAGGACCAAAUAUUGGCCAACAUUCAUGGUGGUAGUGUUGACUGGGUCAUCUUCGUUUGCAUCCGCAUGUUUCCAGUUUAUGAUGAACGCAAGGUCAAGAGAAACAGGCUGUCGAUCAUCCAGGCUCAGCUUCUGAACCACGAGAUCAAAUUCUGCGUUAUUCAUGCUCUUAGGUUCCACUACCACACCGCCCUCUGGCAGUGUUGACAUCUUGGACACGCGUGUUUGUGCACCUCCAAUGCAAGACGUCACCUGCAUGUCGGUAUCAAUGAUUCGCAGAUCAACUUGUGCGAAUGAUGCGAAAUGGCACAAAAGACACCACUUUUGCGAAAGGCCGUUAGCCCGUCUUCUGCCCUCAUCCGCGAGUUCGUCUUCUAAGCCGUCAUGGUCAAAUAGACUGGGCCAUGGCUCUGUAUGCAGUCUUGGAACUAGAUUGUAGUUUGCUUCAAAGGCGCUGACAAGGUUCAAGUUGAGAGGGAAUGUUUGUGUGAUGGGUGUGGCUGGAUCAGAGUCAAGAUAGUACACAGCGCGCAGCUGAAUCUCGUACAGCACUGGCGCAGCCGCAGGUUCAAUGAAAACGGAAAACUCUAGAGAGCCAGAGCUGGGGAUCAUGUCAAGAGAGACACUGUUAAUACUACCUUCCUCCUCUGAUUCGAGGACAGAAGAGUGUGUGUUGCCCUUAUAUUGGAUCUGGAAUGAGGGCACUGCCUUGCUCAGCAAGUCAAGAUCAGCCUUGACCCGUGCACCUUCUUCUUCUUCAUUUUGCAGUAAUAUUUGAAGGUGGAUUCGUUCGUUGGCAUAAAACUGGCGUAGUGGCUUUGCAAGCUUAAUCUCCAUCUUCGGGGGUCUGGGUUGAAUAUGCAAAGCUCUAGAGCUUUUCCUAAUCUUUUUGGGCUUUGCAGAUCCGGGCACAAACCAGCCCAAUGCGGCAUCGGUACUUCGGAAUUUGAGGGUGUAGUCCAGAUCGAAGGCCUUGUUUUCGUACCAGACGGUUACCGAUUCAGCCUCAGUGUCACCUGGAACUCGAAGUGGGAUGUUGAUCUGGAAUAGGAGCCUCUCGACUGGGUUUAUGGUCAAAUUUGAUUUCCCUGAAAGUCGUGAAGGCAGCUCAUGCUCAGACUGUGCAUCAAACUCUUCUUCCAACGUGACAUCCAAAAACGACAUCUUUUCACCCGAUGAUGAAGGCUUGAUGGUUUCAUCAUGCUCCAAUAGAAUCGGGUUCAGGUUUCCUUCAAAAUUGAUCUUGAGCUUCGAU